CUCAAGUACCCCACUGGGGAUUUUUUCGCGGCCAACGAGAAGGAGAAGCUGGAGUUCCUCCUGCGACCGUCCCAGCAGUCGUCGUGCGGACAGACCCGGCUGGGGACCGUGAAGUUCGCCGAUGAUACCAACUCGUUUGGUGAAUCGGUCUCCGGGGUGGUGGACCGCUCGGUGGUGGAUUCCUGUUUGAACGUGUUAGCCUCUGCCCGCAUGGAGGAAAAUGUGGACAAGCGCAUCGAGGGGCAGUUGGACCAG